AUCAGCUUUGUAGACCAAUGGGAACUCCUGCAUGCCCACUAUGAGAAGUUACCAAGAGUAUGUAAGGCACCAGAUAAAGACCUGGAAUCACUGUCCUGACCCAACUCAUAUUACUACAAUACCAUCAACUGUUCCAGACGAUGCAGGUGUUCGUGGUGUUCCUGGUUGCCGUGGUGACCGCUGUGGCUGCAGCCUCCUCGUUCUGGAAGGACCCUGCGCUCGAGGACCCCUGGCAGGAGUGGAAGGGGCUGCACGGGAAGCAGUAUUCAGAGGAGACCGAGAGCUACAGGAGGAUGGUUUGGGAAGACAACUGGCGUUUCAUCGAGCAGCACAACCAGGAGCACGCUGCAGGGAAACACUCCUACAAGCUGGGGAUGAACCACUUCGGAGAUCUGACCGACCAGGAGUUCAAUAAGAUGAAUGGUUUCCACCCGGAUCCUGCCCUGAGGAAGCUGCCUGUGUUUAACUCGACCGGCAGCCCUGUGCCUCCAACAUCGAUUGACUGGCGAGACAAAGGUUACGUCACCCGUGUGAAGGACCAGGGGGAUACAUGUGAAUCCUGCUGGGCCUUUUCUGCUACGGGAGCCCUUGAGGGACAACUUUUCAAGAAGACAGGCCGGCUUGUGUCUCUGAGCGAACAGGACCUGGUUGACUGCUCCAAAACGUAUGGGAACAAAGGCUGUAAUAAAGGGUUCAUGACCAAGGCUUUUGAAUAUGUGAAGGAUAACGGGAUUGCCUCUGAGGCAAGCUACCCUUACCGUGCCGAGGACGGGACAUGCAACACCAAUGCUCGUAAAGUAACCCGCUGUACUAGAUAUACUGCAGUGAACCAGAACGAACGAGCUCUGCAGGAUGCUGUGGCCAGCAUUGGACCUGUCUCUGUGGCUAUCGAUACUGCGCACCGUUCCUUCAAGCUCUACAAGUCAGGCAUUUACUAUGAGCCAAACUGCACAAGGAAUGCUAACCACGCAGUCCUGGUUGUGGGGUAUGGAGAUUCUGAUGGGAAAAAAUUCUGGAUUUUGAAAAACAGCUACGGAAAAAAAUGGGGUGAAGGUGGAUAUAUCCGGCUGGCAAAGAAUAAAGACAACAACUGUGGGGUAGCCGACCAUGGUGUGUUUCCUGACGUCUGAUCAUAGACUGUGAAGCAAACUAAAGGGUAUGAAUGUGCAUGUACUGGAGAAACCCAUUCUUCUGUAGUGCUAGUACUUGAGCAUUUUUAAAAAAAGCUGUACCUGCAUUUGAUGUUCUAGAAGUUGUUUAAGUACCACUUAAGCCACUUGUUCCAGCCUCUUACCACUUACACUCUCCCAUUGAAAUAGUAUAGCUAGUCAACCUCCUGCAAACUGAGCCUAAUUCAUAUAAACAAGACGAGUGUGAUUUGGGGUUUGUGGAACAGGCUGAAACGUAUUGAUCAUGCCCUGUUCUUCUCUAACCCUUGUCUUAUAGAGCAUUGUGAAACCUUUCUGUUUACCACACAGGCUUGGUUUACACGCUGAGUUUCAAUUAAUCAAACUCUUACAUUGUAAAGCAGGAGGAUAAAGCCUCUAAUUCUGAGUGCAGGAAAUGGCCUCCUCUCGUUUGUAAACUUUCUUAUGUUAUACUCCCCGGUAAUGUUGUUGAAGCUGACACCCUGGGAUCCUUCAAGAAGCUGCUUGAUGAGAUUCUGGGAUCAAUCAGCUUCUAACAACCAAACGAGCAAGAUGGGCUGAAUGGCCUCCUCUCGUUUGUAACCAUGCAUAUGUUCUUCUUAUGUUCUUAAUUCAAUGUUAAUUAUGAUGCGCUUUCUGUAUUUCUUUCAAUAAAGCUAUUA